AUGGGGAACACGCUGAGCUGUUGCGUGUGCCCCAUUGCCAGCCCCAAGUUGGGCUGGUGCAAGAAGUCGGUGGAGCUGGACGAUGAGUCUGAGGUCUACGAGGCGGCGGCCGGGGCCGCGGAGGCUAUAGUGCUAGUGCCAGCUGCCAUGGAACCUGCCGAGUUGGACUUGGGAGCAGGCGAAGGCCACCACCUGCAGCACAGCAGCGACUGGGAGAUGCGCGAAGAUGUCGCUUUGGAAUCAAACCCUUCUGACCACCCAAGGGCAAGCACACUUUUCUGGAGCAAAUCUCAAAUGGAUGUGCGAGAGAAGAGGAAGAGCAACCAUUUAAACCAUGUAUCUCCAGGGCAGCUUACUAAAAAGUAUAGCUCAUCCUCAACAAUAUAUCUAGAUGACAGCACAGUCAGCCAGCCUAAUCUUAGAACCACAAUAAAAUGUGUGACCUUAGCCAUCUAUUAUCACAUAAAGAACAGAGAUGGAAAUAGAUCCCUGGAUAUUUUUGAUGAGUGCUCACAUCCACUCACACAAGAAAAGCUUCCAGAGGAAUACUUUAAGCAUGAUCCUGAACAUAAAUUCAUUUACAGAUUUGUUUGCACUGUGUUUAGUGCUGCACAACUAACUGCUGAGUGUGCAGUAGUAACUUUGGUGUACUUAGAAAGACUUUUAACUUAUGCUGAGAUCGACCUUUGCCCUAAUAACUGGAAAAGAAUUGUUCUGGGAGCCAUUUUUCUUGCCUCCAGCGUUUGGGAUCAUCCGGCUAUAUGGAAUGUGGACGACUGCCAGGUCUUCAAGGACAUUACCGUUGAGGACAUGGAUGAGAUGGAAAGGCACCUUCUGGAGCGACUUCAGUUUAAUAUUAAUGUUCUUGCCAGUGUUUAUGCCAAGUACUACUUUGACCUUUGCUGCUUAGCAGAUGACAACAACCUGAGCUUUCUGUUCACUUCUUGCGUCAAAGAGCGGGCGCAGAGCCUAGAGGCCAUUUCCAGAUUGUGUGACGACAAAUACAAAGACGUGUGCAGUGCUGCUGUAAGAAGGUCCCUCAGUGCUGAUCAUUUAAUCGGUAUUCAGCACUCCAACACCAUCCUCUCUUAA